AUGGUCAAGGUUCUACUCACAGGAGGCUCAGGCUUCAUCGCCGCUCAUGCCGUCGACGAGCUCCUCAAGCGCGGCCACGACGUCGUCUUUACUGUCCGGUCCGACGAGAAAGGCCAAAAGAUCCUGAGCAACCAUCCGGGCACUCCUUCAAGUAAACUCAGCUAUGUCAUUGUCAAGGACAUUGCUCAGGAGACGGCCUUUGAUGAGGCCGUCAAGUCCGACCCUCCUUUCGAGGCCGUUCUCCACACCGCCUCCCCAUUUCACUUCAAUGUGACCGACGUAAAGAAGGACUUGCUCGAUCCCGCCAUUGUCGGCACCACUGGCAUCUUGAAGGCAGUUAAGAAGUCGGCUCCCACAGUCAAGAGGAUUGUCAUUACCUCGUCCUUUGCCGCCAUCAUGAACCCCGACAAGCCUGCCAAGGUGUACUCCGAGGCCAACUGGAAUCCCAUCACCUGGGAGGAAGCUCUCCGAAGUCCCGGAGAUGGCUACCGAGGAAGCAAAACGUUUGCCGAGAAAGCCGCAUGGGACUUUGUCGAGAAGGAGAAGCCCAAUUUCGACGUGGUGACAAUCAACCCGCCUCUGGUCUUGGGGCCUGUGGUGCAUUACUUCAACUCGCUGGAUGCGAUCAACACGUCGAAUGCCCGCAUUCGCGAUCUGAUUCAGGGCAAGAACAAAGACGGCAUCCCACCAUCCGGCCUCUACUUGUUUGUUGAUGUCCGCGACCUCGCGCUUGCACAUGUCAAAGCGAUAGAAACACCAGCAGCUGGAGGAAAGAGAUUCUUCGUCACGGCGGGUUAUUUCUCCAAUGGUGCUAUUGCUCAGAUCAUCAAAGACAACUUCCCGCAACUGGCGGAUAAACUUCCUGCAACCAUUGAGGACGAGACGCCUAAAGAUGUGUAUGGAUAUGACAACUCUCGAAGCAAGGAGAUCUUGGGAAUCGAAUAUAGAUCUCUGAAGGAAAGUAUCGUGGAUACAGUGAAGUCGUUGUUGGCAGUUGGGGCAUGA